AUUAUAUAAUCUAUCUUCAUAAUCCAGAUUAUUAUAAUCUAUUAUGAUUCCAAACAGGGCCUUAGUAGUUGAAUAAACUAUAUAAACUGACUGGGCUAUUAUAUGUUGUGCUGUGCAGGGUGGUUUAAACAUGGCGACCAUGGCAAUACUACUGGUGGUCGCCAUCGCGAUUGCAACUCUUGCGCCAGUGAUGAGCAUGGGCAUUACUGAUCAAGACCUAGAGUCGGAGGAGUCACUUUGGGAUCUCUAUGAGCGAUGGUGUGCAUUCAAUGAGGUGGCACAUGACCCCGAUGAGAAGUCGAUGCGCUUUAGCAUCUUCAAACAGAAUGUGCGCUUCAUUCAUGAGAAUAACCAGGGCGAUACGCACUUCAAGCUCGGACUCAACAUUUUCGCCGACAGGACCCAUGCUGAACUACCCAACGUCGAAGCUGAUUGCACCUCGACGAGCCACCUCCCAGACGACAUCGAUUACAUGCCUCAUACCGCGGUCACCAAUGGGGACCUCCCUGACCGCGUUGAUUGGCGGGACAAGAAUGCGGUGACAAGUGUCAAGAAACAAGGGGAUUAUUGCGGCUCAUGUUGGGCCUUCACAGCCGUUGGCGCUGUGGAGGGCAUAACUGCUAUCAAGACUGGCAAGCUCGAGGAUCUAUCACCACAGAUGCUCAUCGACUGCGACAAAGAUAACCGUGGUUGCAGAUGUGGUAUGGUGUGGAGAGCUUUCGACUUCAUAAAAAAGAACGGUAUAGCGACGGAGAGGGCUUACCCAUACGACGGCAUUGAGCAUCGGUGUUACAUGAAGUCGGAUGGUCUUUCUCGCUUUGCUUCCAUAGAACGGUUUCGUGUAGUAUACAGCAACGAAAGGGCUUUGAUGGCGGCGGUUGCGGUCCAGCCCGUCACAGUGGACAUCGGGGUCGACAUAUACUUCCACUAUUAUAGCGAGGACAUGGGCGUGUACACCGGUCCAUGCAACAAAACCACCACCCACACCGUCUUGGUGGUUGGUUAUGACAUAGACGCAUUUCAACGAAAAUACUGGAUCUUAAAGAACUCGUGGGGCCGCAAAUGGGGUCAUGAUGUACAUGGCACGCGAUGAGGGAGGUCCGCAGGGCCCAUGCUCCAUCCUAUCCUUUCCGUUGAUUCCAGUGUGGAGAUCUAAGAUAUCACCCAAUCCCACCGAUAUCCCUAAGCAGCCUAGCUAGCAGGUGUAAGGCUUUUUUUCCGGUCUGCAUCUGUCUAUGUUAUUCAGAGCAGAUAACGAAGACUAGUCUAUUUUGCCGUCACAGUGCAUGUGAUGAUCUGUAGUAACAAUGGAUUGUGAUCUUUAA